AUGACGGAGGAGGAUCUGUCGGUAGAUUCAAGCUGCCGCGUUGGAGAAAUACGAGUUUUCCAGAGUGGCUCCAAAUUUAGCGCUCUUUCUGGUAGCAGUCAGACGUUGUCGCAGUCGAAUUCAACGUCCCCUCCAAGAUUCAGAGCCACUCCGUACGCUGCUGAGUCUAAAACGGCUACUCGAGAAGAAGCUGUAUUGCUAAGGUCUCUCCUGGCGCUUAUUGGGAAGCAUUGCCCGUCCGAAUUUGACAAGUACCAAGUUCUGGAGGAAAGAGAUAAAUUGCUAUCUAGAUUGAGAGAUGUAAGUCAUAUCCAUAAUGUUCACUGA